CGCCUUAAUUUUCCAAUUCGAUUGUUUUGGGUCAAACCAAAACCGGUCCGACUCGGCACUCUUGUGAGGCCUACUCAUUCAUAUAUACCAAAAAUUUUGGCAUAAUCGGAACUAGUGUCUUAAGCUGAAAAGUUUGGAAAGCAUAUCACAAAUUCACCGUCGUCGGCGACACUGAGAAGUCGAGAGCAUUUGCCUAGAUUGGAUUUGGCUGAGACUGCCUGUUCCUGAAUUUUUCGUUAACUGGGGUCUUCCUUAAGUACAAUCCAUGGAAGAUGGGAACUGUGAUACUCGAUGCAAGAGUCCAAUAUUAUCAACAGAUGGUGAAGAAUCUAAUGAAGAUAAAAUUAAAGAGAGGUGUUGGGACCAGAGAGAAGCUGUACUAGGGGAGCCUAAAUGUGUCAUAUGUGGCCGCUACGGUGAGUAUAUAUGUGACCAGACAGAUGAUGAUAUUUGCAGCUUGGAAUGUAAAAACACUCUACUAUGCAGGGUUGCCAACUCACAGAAGCCAGUUCAUCUCCCACCUGCUAAAAAAUUACCUGCAACUGAUGAGUGCUUUUAUGUUAGAGAUUCUGAUGAUAAAUCAGGAUCUCUAUCUUUGCCUAUGGAUCAAGCUGAACUUCUCAGAAAGAAACUUGAAAUUCAUGUGAAGGGUGAAUUAACUGCAGCACCCAUUAUAUCAUUCUCUUCAUCUAAUCUUCCUAAAAAGCUUCUGCAAAAUAUAGAAGCUGCAGGAUAUGAAAUGCCCACACCUGUGCAGAUGCAAGCAAUCCCCGCUGCUUUGACAGGCAAAAGCCUGCUUGUUUCAGCUGACACAGGCUCAGGGAAAACUGCUUCCUUUCUGGUUCCAAUUGUUUCUCGUUGUGCAAGUGUUCGCCUUGAGAGCUCCACAAACCAGAAAAAGCCAUUGGCAAUAAUUUUAACACCAACUAGAGAGCUCUGUAUACAGGUUGAGGAACAUGCUAAGUUACUUGCAAAGGGUUUGCCAUUUAAAACUGCACUUGUUGUUGGUGGUGAUCCCAUGGCUGGACAACGACAUCGCAUUGAGGGAGGAGUGGAAUUAAUUGUCGGAACUCCAGGCAGGCUUAUUGAUCUUUUAACCAAGCAUGAUAUUGAACUAGAUGAUGUGAUCUUUUUUGUUCUGGAUGAGGUCGACUCGAUGCUCCAAAGGGGUUUCCGAGAUCAGGUAAUGCAAAUCUUUAGGGCUCUAUCACAACCACAGGUCUUAAUGUAUUCAGCAACAAUCUCACCUGAGGUAGAGAAGAUGGCUAGCUCUAUGGCAAAAGGUAUUGUUGUCAUCUCUGUUGGCAAGCCUAAUAGGCCAAGUAAGUCUGUGAAGCAGCUGGCUAUCUGGGUUGAAUCAAAGCACAAAAAGCAAAAGCUUUUUGAUAUUUUAAUGAGUAAGCAGCAUUUUAUGCCCCCUGUUUUGGUGUACGUGGGUUCAAGACUUGGGGCAGAUCUACUAUCUAAUGCAAUUACAGUCACCACUGGGUUGAAAACUUUAUCAAUCCAUGGGGAGAAGUCCAUGAAGGAGAGGAGAGAAAUCAUGAGGUCAUUUUUGGUGGGAGAGAUUCCCAUUGUUGUGGCCACUGGAGUUUUGGGUCGGGGUGUUGAUCUUUUGGGUGUGAGACAGGUAAUAGUGUUUGACAUGCCCAAUUCCAUUAAAGAGUACAUCCAUCAGAUUGGGAGGGCAUCCAGAUUGGGAGAUGAGGGUACAGCAAUUGUGUUUUUGAAUGAGGAAAACAAGAAUUUGUUUCCAGAGCUGAUUGAAAUUUUAAAAUCCUCUGGAGCAGCUGUACCUCGGGAGCUUGUUAAUUCACGGUAUGCAGUUGGUUCUUUCUCUGUUGGCAAGGGCCAGAAAAAGAGAAAGCAUGGUCGCUGAAGUCUCAAAUGCUUUAUAGAAUUUUUUGGCUUCAAUUCGGUACCGUGGACAUGUUCCAUGACCCAAAUGGACAUUUUGCUACUAGAGGAAGGCAAAAUGAUGUUUUGCUCUGCUGAACUCCCUGUGUAGCUGCAUUAGUCAUGAUUACAACAAGUGAACUCACUGGAUAUCUGCAUGGGGCCAGAGAUAAUGGUGAUAGCACUUUCUACACACAUUGAUAACUUUCAUGUUUGGGGUUGAUAAACUUAUUUCACAGUGGGGCAGUUGUGGGCACACAGUGUAGAGUUCAAUGUAUAGCCAAAAAAUACUUUGAUGAGAAAGAUUCUUCAGUUUGUAAAUUUGCUGUUCUGGGGCUGUUUUGAAUGCAUAGUGAAGCAAAUAGAGUGCACAAUGGGGGGGCUUUAUUUCAAGUUGCUCAGUGCAGUUAGCAAUUCUGUUGGAUUUGGACAUUGAUACAAAAUUGAGGCAUAUCCUUUCUGCAAUUGCAAGUAAGGUAUGCCGAAUAAUUUUGUCUACACCAGGUUGAUGGAUUUGUUAUGUGGUAAAGCAUCAGAUAGACAAAUUUCAAGGUGAGUUUCUUGCUGUCUAGAGCACAUAGAACCUAUGUCAAGGCUUUUUGUUUGGGCUUGUAAGUUAAUAUUCAUAGGCAUUAGUAUGUAAAUUUCUCGUCGACCUUCUAGAGCUUUGUAUGCCAAACAAUGAGCCACUUCAGAUGAUUGUAAGAUCUCCAAUAGAACAUUAACAACAGGAAUUUUUGUAGCUUGUCAGCUGGCUUCAUUGUUUUAUGUUUUACAGACAUAAGACCUUCCAGCUGAUUGGUUGUUUCCAAUCUAUCUGUGUGAAUCCACUAACUAAUCUAUUUACUUGUGUAGUUUUAAAUGCUCC